AUGGUGAACACACUAGACAAGACAUUCCUUGAAAAAAGUUCAUGGAAGCCUGAUUUAUUCAAGGGGAAAGUGGGAUUUGUGACUGGCGGUGCUGGGACUAUCUGUCGAGUACAAGUUGAAGCAUUGGUCUUGCUUGGCUGUAAAGUAGCCAUCAUUGGCCGUGAUCACGAGAAAACAGAGAGAGUUGCCAAAGAGAUAUCUAGUUUGGUUGACAACCCUGAUGCUGUAUUGCCUAUUUCCAAAGUUGAUGUAAGAGAGGUUAAACAGUUAGAAAGUGCAGUAAAGAGGACAGUUGACAGGUAUGGGAGGAUUGAUUAUGUUAUUGCAGGGGCAGCCGGAAACUUCAUAUGCGAUUUUAAUCACUUGUCGGCAAAUGCAUUCAAAUCUGUUGUUAGUAUCGAUUUGUUAGGAAGUUUUAAUACUGCAAAGGCUACUAUGCCAGAACUUAUCAAAAGUAGAGGUUCGAUUUUAUUCGUAUCCGCAACGUUCCAUUAUUACGGGGUACCAUUCCAAUCGCACGUAGGAGCAGCGAAGGCGGGUAUUGAUGCUCUCUCUAAUGCUUUAGCAGUAGAAAUGGGUCCAUUUGGUGUGAGAUCAAAUUGUAUAGCACCAGGGGCAAUCCAAGGUACAGAAGGUUUCGAUAGACUAAUUGGUGACGCCAGUAAGAAGAAAACUACUAGUAAAAUUCCAUUGCAAAGGUUAGGAACAACCGAAGAUAUUGCCCAGGCAACAGUAUACUUAUUCUCUCCAGCAGCUUCAUAUGUCAGCGGUACAAUUCAAAUUGUUGACGGAGCGAUGUGGCACAUAGGAACUCAUUUUGCACAUGAAUUAUACCCUGACCUUCUAUUUAAAGAUCCAAAGGCCAAGUUAUGA